GCCGAGCGGGACAGAGUCCAUCAAAAGCUUUGAGCGGUAAAGUUCAGGACGUAGUCACUCACAGAAUCCUCAUCAUGAACGUUCAUCUGAAUUUUAACCGUAUCACUGUAAGACCAUCAUAAAAAAUGGGCACGGGGGGCGCCCAGAAGGCUGAGAAGUCAUCAGGCGAGAGGAAGAGCUCUCUAGAAGAUCACCACCACCACCACCACCAUCACCGCCACCACCAUCGCUUGCAAAAGCAAGAGAGCCUGGACCAAGCUGAGGAGGACGAUCCUGAGGAAGAGGCUAUUAGAGAACAGAGAGUCUUACGGAGUGAGCGAAGAGCACCGCACAUACACCACCGCUCUUCAUCCACACGGACCGAUCAACACAAUCACCACCAUCAUCACCACCACCAUCACAGUCGCACAACACACACACUCUCCAGGCAAGAGACGCUGGAGAGCAGAGACUCUGCAUGUGCAGAGCCGCACGCCACUCUCACACACUCAGAUCCACCUACACACUCGCAUACACGCCACACAGGGGAGGAGGAAGAAGAGGAGGACGAGGAGGAGGAGGAGGAGGAGGACGACGACGACGACGAGGAAGAAGAAGAGGAGGAGGAGGAAGAUCAGCCUGUUCAACAUAACCAUCAUCACCACCAUCAUCAUCAUGCUAAGGCAGGGAGGGACAGAGAGCGCGAGCACGAUCACAGUGAACGGAACGGCCGGCAGCGUGGACAGCAGAGAUCACAACGCGAGCGCUAUCACGAGUGUGAAAGCCAACACUCUAUUGAAGAAGAAGAGAAAAAAGACGAGACGGACUGGGAGACCGAUCCCUACAUCGAGCAGUAACACACAAACACACACAGACAUGGACUGCAUCGAACAGACGUUAAAACAUCAUACACCAAAAGCUAGAUUCAGGUCCAGAAUUAUUGCCAGCCUUUGAUCGACAUCAGUGAAGACAAAAGUAGGGAACAUUUAAAGGUGCAGUUUGUAAUGUUUAAAAUGUGUCCCUAGACCUAUAAUAAUGAUAGCACUUUGAAGAUAAUGUUCGAAAAACUGCUGUGUGCAAUAUUGCAGGGUGAUUGAUUUGCCUAGUGUCUUCAUUUCAGGCUUCAAGCCUCUAAACGAGCUCCUGGAAAGUCAUCCGACUCGACUUUUCAUAGAUUCAUCGUGACUGACCUCACAGACAGCAGAAGGCGUGAAUAAUUACAAACUGCUCCUUUAAUACCGAGACACGAUGUACUGUAUAGAAUCUUCUGGAAUGCCAUUCUGGAGAUGCAUCGAAUUUGGCAACGUCGUUAUAAAUCCAUGGAAUAAACUAAAUGUCUUCUAAACAGAACGUUAAGUACGUUGUCUACCCUCCCGGACAUCGCGUCUAUCAUUCCAAAUAUUAUUAUAGUACACAUUUUGAGGGAUUAUGGGAUACUUGUCCAUACAGAUACUUUAGUGUUGUGCCUAUGAACUGCCAAAUCUGUAGCGAUGGACCGAGAUCAACGCAUCGACUAGUAAACAAUGCACGUUUCUUUGAAUGCCACAAACGCCAGUGGCGUAGAUGACGCACGGGGUCAGAUUUCCGUUUCGGUCUCGUCUGACGUGUUCCAGUUCACUUUAGGUUCAGGCUCAUUGCAAAGAAUAAAUGUGUAGUAAUAUAAAAUAAAUUAGAUAUAGAACAUAGAAAAUGAUGAAGCUAAUAAUGCUAAUUCUGGGCCUGUCACACCUCACACACAUAUACACACAUACACCAUGUGCUGCUAUCCUGCCCUCUGGACUUUUGGCUCUCUGUUACUAUGCCUCCUUUGUAAAGACUGGUGUUUUUAAAGAUAACAUUAUUGUAAAUAAGAUCUAGGUAUCCAUGCAGACUUGUUCUAUCAGUGUGUGGACACGUGAAUAUUAAACAAUAAAUAUGAGUCAUUAUUAAUUUCCUAUGGCAUGAAUAAUGGAGGUGUGUUUUUCCUAUCUGGUUGACCUUUGAUCUUUGUUUCUUUUGAAUGAUUUUGCAUCUACCUUUGAAUGCAUUCUAGUUGCUCUUGGAUUAGAGAGAAAUGUGAUUAAAUGUCAUUUAAAAUGAUUACACUUUAAUUCAGAACAUCAUUUCUACAUUCAACAGGAUCCAACUCAUAGUUUUGAUUAGGCAGGUGAAGAUAUACAGUGUACUCCGGUAAUAUUGGCACCCUUGGUAAAUAUGAGCAAAGGCGGCUGUGAAAAAAAUGGUCUUUAUUGGUUAAAUUUUUGUCCAAAACAUUCACAGAUAUACUCUGCUCUCAUGGAUAUCAAACAAUUGCAAACAAAACACAGGUGUACUUUAUAUACGUUUGUUAAAUAUAGGUGUGCCACAAUUAUUGCCGGCCUUUUAGUCAGUACUUUGUGCUGGCUCCCUUUGCCAAGAUAACAGCUCUGAGUCUUCUCCUAUAAUCCCUGAGGAGGUUGGAGAAUACAUGGUGAGAGAUCUGAGACCGUUCCUCCAUACAGAAUCUCUCCAGAUCCUUCACAUCUCCUCUUCAGGUCACCCCACAGGUUUUCUAUGGGUUUCAAGUAUCUGCAUGACCUAUACAUUGUGCUGCUACCAUAUGAUUGGUUGACUGGAUACAUAUACAGUUUGUGUGUGUGUGUUUAGUCCCAUGAAUUCUUUAAUUCUCUGUUUUAUGCAAAUAUACACGUGCAAUUUGAUUGAUUUAAUUGAUUUGUGAGUGAACUACAGUGAAGCACAUGCCCCUGCCUUUAAUGCAUGCGCACACACACACAAUGCUCUCAAGCAAAUCUCAGCUGUGCUCCUAAAAUAACCAACACGAUUCUCCACCCUGAUUUCCCUCUUCAUUUGUUUCAAGAUCUGCAGGGAGGAAUUAUACUGUACAUUUUUAGUCUGUGACUUGUUACAUAUUGCCUGUAUAUGG